GUCUUCAGCACGAAAUACACAACCCAGGUGCACAGUUCUGAUAGGGCAGUUAUGCAUCUGGCUGCCCUGCAAGAUUAGGAGAACCCCGGGGGCCCCCGAAUGCCAUAGGUGAUGAAACUGUUGUACAUUUGUGGGACAAUAACCCAAGUGAAUCAUUUACACUGAAAGACGUGUUGAUGAGUCUUAUUUAAAGGCAUGCAGUCUUCCCGGCCCUAGUCUUGUCGCCCGAUAAUAACACCGAUAGCGAGAAACAGCAAGCAAAAAACAAUUGAAUGCAGAUGACCUCUUUUCAGAAAUUAGGAUAUGAUUUUGUGUUCCGAUGGCAACACAGUAGUAAGGGUUUCGGUUUCAUUAACAGUAACCCUCCACGGGGAGAAAAUUUCUUUAUAAGUAACCACGAACAACGCCUUAGUCCCUCCAACGAAGAUUGCGAAACGCCUGUCACCUGGACUGGGACAAGAAUGAACCGAAAGACGUCCUUUUAUUUAUGUUUUUAACAUAUCGUUUGUCGCUGAUAAAGUGUUAUAGUUUGUUUCGUUCCUUGUUUUAAGACAGAUUAUAAACAAUAUUAUACGAUGGCUGCUCAUUAGGCAAGUUGACUAUAGGUAAGCCGCGUACAGGAGAGCCUACUUUCUUCCGGGUGCAUACUUUCCCAAGUUGGGCAGUUAUAGUUUGGGCAGGCUGUAUGGAAAAAUGAACGGGGACAUCGAAUUGCAGCACUUUCCAACGGAAACAGACGAGUCAUUUGACAAGAAUAAUUUACAGAAUGAACAUGCUGUCAGGCACCAGGUGUGUUUCUACAUGUCCCAUUUUCACCUUCUCCACCUUCCUGCCUCCCAGGAAACAGCAUGUGAGGACCAAUCUUUUCAUGAUAAACCUGAAGCAACGGAAGAAAGUCACUUGCUGUCUGCAGAACAGAAUAAUGGGGUGCACGGAAUCCAGAGGGGAGGGACAGGAAAAAGAAGUUUUGUCAUCGACGUCACUCUGGAGAAGAAGAACCAGCCCACUGAACCGGAACCCGUGACCCCGGUUCCGGAGAGAAACAGCGUCUCAGCCCCAGCCCUCCAGGCCACCGCGGAGUCCGAAAAUGCUACGGGUGGAAAAGGCCUGCUCGGGCGCCUGAAUCGGAAGGUCGUGUGGCGGCUCAGACUGUGGAUGAUCAUCGCCCUCAUCCUCCUCGUGGUCGCCAUCCUGGCUAUUGUGCUGGGUCUGGUCCUCUGGGAAGUACUGUAUGAGGAUGAGGAUGACAAGUUUGACCGCAAGUCAUUUGUGGUUCCGCUGUUCUACAACGGCUCCCUCAGGCUGGUCAGCCAGGACGUCCCGGCAGACCUGCUCACGUCCAACCAGAGCCGGGCCCUCAUAGAGAAGGAGCUCUACAGCCUCUACAACUGCUCCCCCGCUCUCGGACGCUACUUCUCCGGCGUGGGCUUGACCACCGUCAGGAAUGGCAGUGUCACGGCCAACUACUGGCUGAAGUUCCUGAUGCCCGAGGAACACAAGCAGCUGCUACGCUACACCCUGAGCCGUGAGAUGGUGUACAACGUGCUCCGUCAGCACCUCUACGACCAGGAGCCUGGUACCGGACCGUUGCUUUACAUCGACCCUGCCGCCAUCCACAUGGAGGGUGGGAAUGGGACAUUAAUCAGUAACUGAAACCUGGCACAGUGAAACUCCUCGCUGUCAGGUGAAAAGAAGCCACUGGUGACUUCACGUGUAUCGGAG